AUGAAAUCUAAUCAUAUUCGCCAUUCAACUAGUAUCAUAAAUUUAAAGAAUCAUAUGAAUUAAGCUCCAAGACGAUUAGCUUUAAAUGCAACAAGUUUAUCAAGAUAUGUGUCAUAAUUUUUAAGUACUUCCAAAGGUAGAGAUAAAUUUAUGGCACUAUUACAAUAUUCAUUUGAUUUUUAUCAUAGUUGUACAAAACAUUCAAAUCUACUCUAUAUACAAUAAUUGAUUUCAUAAAAUGAAUUAAAAUGUUUUGUAGUUGCUGAAAAAUUUAAAGAUGUAAUUAACAUUUCAUUAACGUAGAGUAUUUCAUAAAGUCGAAAGAUAUUUAGACUCUUAUUUUUUUUAGAUGAAAUUAAAGGAAUAUAAAGAUUAAUUAAACAAAACAAGCCAUUAUUAUUCAAAAUAUUAGCUAUUUCUGGACAUUAUUCAAGUUUCAUGUACUAUGUAAGUGAUAACUUUUUGUGGAUUAUUGCAAUUUUGGCAUAAAGGUAUUCCCUAUUGAAGUAAGAAUAUUAGCAAAGUAUUAUAAAAAGAAAUAGAAACAAGAUGGAAACAAAGAAAAAAUUCUUUUUCCUAAAUGAGAAUAAUAAUUAAUAUGUUAAGAUUAACAAUAUUAAUAAUAUUUAGAGAAAAGUAUAAAUUAAUUAAAUUGUAUUUAGUAAAGAGAAUAGGAUUUUAUAAGAAAUGACUAAAAUAAUGACAUAAGAUACAUCAAAGAAAUUAUAAAACUCAUUAAUUAAAUUGAGAAGAAAGAGAAGAUUUGAAAUUUUAGAAUUGAUUUUAUCAAUCCUUAGAUUCUUUAUGCUAACUAAAUCUUUAAAGAUGACAGGAUAUCAAUAUUUAGAUCCUGUUUUUGUGGCUAGUAUUAUUAAUAAUAAUAUUAUCAUAGCAUGUGGAUUAGUAUCCUCAGGAUUGGCUCUAUUUAAAGCUAUAUAUGAAAAAAGGAUAUUUAUUUAACUUGAUAAUUCUUCAAAGAUGGAAAGUUAAAUUAAUUAGAAAUUAACAAAAGGAUUUGCAUCUUCUGGCAAAAUGGAUGAUUCGAUUAUUUGAA